AUGCCUCCAAAGAAAGCCGCCGGCGCCGCAAAGAAGUCGGGCUCGACUGCCUCGCACCCCUCCUACCAGGGUGAGUUCGCGACGAUGACCUGACCGCCACGACUGUCGCGGCGGCUGGGGACAGCUCCUAUCGUGUUCGCCGGUCGCUGACGUGUGUAUACUGCAGACAUGAUCAAGGAGGCUAUCAUCAGCGUAAGUCGACCUUCCCCGGCGCAAACAGGUCGACGGUCUCUGUGACCGCUAGAUUGCGACGUACGACGCGUUCGAUCGCAUUACCGAUGACACGAGCGAUUGUGAGCAUUGAAACGUUGGCUGACCGUUCUCCUCAUACAGCUCAAGGAAAGGAACGGAUCAUCGUAAGCGGGAAUCCUCACCUCGUCGCCGCCGUGGUUGCCGAGUCAGGACGAAGCGGUGGGCGGCUUGGAUUCGAACACGCGCUGACAUUGAGCCUCUCCCACAGCCGCCAGGCCAUCAAGAAAUAUGUCCAGGUCAAUAACAACCUCAACGGCGUCACCGAUGCUGCUUUCACCACCCAGUUCAACAAGGCGCUCCAGCGAGGCUCUGAAAGCGGUGUCUUUGCGCGCCCCAAGGGUACGUCCCACCGAACGAUCGUUACAACUCCCCUUUGCUUGUCCAUCUGCGGCGUUUGCAUCUCGCGAUGCGCCGUAUAGACUUGUUCAUCCUCAUCGUUCCAUUCGUUCGGAAUGUCCACGACUCCUCGUCGUCAUACUAAAGUCGCCGUCGCCAAUAGGUGCCUCCGGCCCAGUGAAGCUUGCUGCUUCAACCAAGACCGGUGACGCAAAGCCCAAGUCGACCAAGGCACCAGCUGCGAAGAAGACUACCGCCACCAAGACUGCCACCAAGAAGGCUCCCUCUGCGAAAAAGACUGCCCCAAAGAAGACCACCGCAACUGCAACCGCAACCGCAACGAAGAAGGCACCAGCCAAGAAGGCCGCCACAGCAAAGAGCAAGGCCAACACUGCAACAAAGCGUAAGGCGCCUAGUGCUGUAAGUCACGUCGACAUCGCGUCCAUGGCAUGCCGUUGUACUAAUGUUGUUGUUGUAGGCCCCUGCCGUUGAGGAGAAGGCACCUGUUGUCCUUGGCAAGACCAAGUCGGGACGUGUCACCAAGUCCAAGGCUCCUCAACCUGUGCGCAAGGCCGUCGCGCCCAAGAAGGCCGCAGCAAAGAAGUCAACACCGAAGAAGACCGCGACGCCCAAGAAGGCAUAAACAUCUUCUUUUUUGGUCUUCUGUUAACAACAAUGACGGUCAAGGUUAUAUAUGUGCGACCUCAAUGAGCGCGCUGACGCCGGGCUCUUCUCAACUGGCAGGCAAUGUCAACAACAGCCCAGCGAAUGUGGCGUUAGGCGUCGAUCGAGGGAUCGAAUGGAUGUGUGAUACCAAAACCCGGGCUUGCGACGCGUGUGGGUGUCUAUGUUUAUUACCUUUUUUCCACCCGGGGUCGGCUUUUGGAUGGGCAUGUCUGUUAAUGGAGUGCUCGCGAUGGAUGGCGUUUACGGCUGCUACGAGAGAUGUCACUAUGUUUGCGCGGGUACAUAGUUCGACACGAAUUCAUGUUUAUCAUCUCCACCAUCGCCUCUCUUCUCAAAGCCCACGGUGGAGUCGCUUCCGAUGCUUGACCGUGAUAGUGUGAGACAUGGCUUUUUUUAUGCAUGAACAACCUGCACUCUCUCCUCACAGAGAUUGUCUCGUAGAUUUUGGGGGUUGGAUAGGUGCUGUUGCAAGUGUGGCACGCAUACCACACAUGCGAUUCAUUCGAUGCACAUGCACAUUGUAAUAACAGCGUCGGAUGUGUUGUUGUGUGUUGACGAGAUGACGCGCCGCCGGGAGAGACGGUAAGUCUCGGAUCGGAUCGCAAAGUCUGUUGUCUGAUUGGGCCAGCUAUACGACUCAGCCUUGGCCCUCCUGGGCUUGCUCGUCCGUCUCUGCUUCCGUUUUGGUGGUCAUGCAGAGAAAGCCGCGCAAGAUUCAGUACUUCCCUUCUCACUCGGUUCUGCUUAUCCCCGCUCACACGACCAAACACACCUGAUUGCUGGAUUCUUUUGACAAGACAUCGUUUUGGAAUAGCGAGGCAUUUCAUCCGGACCGGCAUUGGGACUGUGAAGGCGCCAGCGAAGAGAGCCCUACAGCACGGAGAGCAGUGGUGUUUGGAGGGAGCAGAGCAGGCAGCUGCCAGGAGCGGAGAGAAAACCGAAACUGGCGACCACGGCGGCCUUUCGACCCCGCGACGGGGAGAACAAUGAGGUGUUGUCCGCUUCGUCCUCUCCCGUUGGAACAGGCACCGCAUCUCCGCUGAGCAGAAAGAGCACAGAGGUGCCCUAUGCCGGCCACAUAUUCAUGGUCCACCAUCAGGCCGGCAGCAGAGACAUGGUGGCCAGCAGCACGACUACCACCACGUACGAUGACUACGCCUACAGACGGAGCGUCGAGCGUCGGACUUCGAACGAGACACCGGCGGUAGAUGGCUUGCCUGGCGGAUGGCCGCUUACGCCGGGCAUGAAUGGGACACUGAAUGGAAGCGUGAAGGAGGGACUAGGCGGCAGCAAUGGAAGCGUCCUCAGUGUGCCCAACGGUGGGACUGGGAGUGACAGAGCACCCUCGGCAAAGAGCGUUGCUCUGAGUAUGCGGUCCAAGAGGAGCAUGAGCAAUAUGAGCGCCGAAGGAGACCGGAGGUCCGGAGAGGCCGUCAAAGAAAGCACAACGAGGCCCGGUGUGGCCGAAGAGGGAUACUUUUCUCCCGUGCCGAACGGGAAACCUCUUGGACCGCCUAGAAGUCCUCUCAGUAAGCCUCUGGGCAUGACAAACGGAGAUAUGCCGACCAUGCCCCGGAGUGUGAGCCAUGGUCAGCCACCGAUGACGCCAAACUCGGCUCUGCCGCCGGUCGAAGAGAGCUCACCGCCCACUAUUUCAACAGAUCGAAUGCUGAAGCCUCCUACGACACAUCACCACCGCGCGUCUUCUCCGCCUGCCUUCAACCCGAACGCCCUUACACCGACCAUCUCACGACCCGACCGCCUCACCCAUCGGCAUACUCUCGAAGUGCCCAAAGUAGUCACUCGGACGUCGAAAGACAGCGGCGAGCCAUCCCCAAAUCUGGACGGUGCCGUUGUUUCUGCAACCGGCCGCUUCUCACCAACUACUCCAACUCGAAGACGUGGAUCACUACAAUUAAAUAGGAGACAUACGCGAUCUGUGAAUUCGGACUUGCAGUUGGAUGAAGUGGCACAAGAUGAGGAUGCUGCGCGAUGGGCUGAGCAUUACAGAGCGAAGAGGGCAUCCAGAAAGCAGAGAGCAGACACAGACGACGAGCGGGUGGUCGUGGGCACCAAAGUCGAUGAGAACCAUGUGAACUACGUGACGGCGUAUAACAUGCUCACUGGUAUUCGCUUUACGGUUUCCAGGACCAAUGCAAAGCUGGAUCGACAGCUCACGGACGCCGACUUUCAGGCUAAGCACAAGUUCAGCUUCGACGUGAUGGGCACUGAGCUCACGCCAGGCGCCAAGUACGACUUCAAGUUCAAGGACUAUGCACCGUGGGUUUUCCGCCAUCUCCGUGCCAUCUUUAAGAUCGAUCCUGCGGAGUAUCUCAUGUCCUUGACUUCGAAGUACAUUCUAUCGGAGCUGGGAUCACCCGGAAAGAGCGGCUCAUUCUUCUACUUCUCCCGAGAUUACAAAUAUAUCAUCAAGACAAUACACCACGCGGAGCACAAAUUUCUGCGGAAAGUUUUGAGGGAGUAUUACGAGCAUGUACGGGACAACCCGAAUACACUGCUCUCACAGUUCUACGGACUUCACCGCGUGAAGAUACCCUAUGGGCGGAAGAUUCAUUUUGUCGUUAUGAACAACCUCUUCCCUCCGCACAGAGAUAUUCACAGGACGUUUGAUCUGAAGGGCAGCACAAUCGGUCGUGAUUUCAGGGAAGAAGACCUGGAGAAGAAUCCACGCGCCACGCUCAAGGACCUGAACUGGCUGCGACGGAAUCUACACCUCGAGUUCGGGCCAACGAAGAAGGACACGUUCGUGAAGCAGAUGCAAAAGGACGUGGAGUUACUGCAGAGGCUAAAGAUUAUGGAUUAUUCGCUUCUUGUGGGCAUUCACGAUCUGGAACGAGGGAAUGAAGAGAAUCUACGUGACAAGACGUUGCAGGUCUUCCAGCCUGGUGGCGACAAGGCGGAGGAGCAGCAGACUCCAGCACCGCAUCACUUGGCGCGCACGCCCAGUAAGAUGGAGUCUGCGAAGCGAGCAAAGGAGAUGCGGGAACUUGUGAAGAAGGAAAGGCCGAUCCCGAUCGAUAGGAUGUUGGACAAGAUGCCGGAGGAGAGUCACAAGAGCUCCUUCUACUUCUAUGCGGACGAUGGUGGGUUCCGGGCCACCCAUGAGGAUGACUCGCCUGGAGAGGAGAUAUACUAUCUCGGUAUCAUCGACUGCUUGACGAGAGUGAGUUGGCCAAGGUUGUUUUGUGGAAGGGCUUAAGCUGACGUGAAUGCAGUACAACUAUGUCAAGAAGGCCGAACAUUUCUGGAAAGGCAUGGGCGGCCAUGAAUCGCAGAUCUCCCCCAUCCCGCCCGACCGGUAUGGCGAUCGUUUCGUAAAGUUUAUCUCGGGAAUCACCAUGUCGCGAGAACGCGCUGGAAAGGAGCGUUUGUCAACCACACUGGAGAGUAGCACUGGCAUCGUGGUGCCACCUGGCAUUGAAGGCACCGUCAACGACCCCAAACUCGGCGGCAUGAAUAUCUUCCGCACCGAAUCUGGGAAUCCACCUGGGACUGCAGAGGUGAUGGAGAAGGCAGAGCACAUCGCCGAGAAGAGCCGGCGUAGUGGCUCACGCGAAGAAGAAGUGCGUGACCGAUCCAUUGGAACGAUUAGGACUCCUCCUGGUGAUGGGCCGGCCGAAGCUGCGACACUCCCCGUGAUCGGGGAAUGA